UAUUGAGUAUGAAACAGGCAGAAGUUAGUGUUCCGAGAUUUUACUAUAGAACCAACUCUCAUUUUGAUUUCUUGAAAUGUAGUCUCUGAUCUCCCUGUUUCCAGAAGUGCUAUUUUUAUAUGCUUUGUAUUACUUCUCCAAUGCUGAACUUGGUGUCCAAUCUAUUUUAUUGUAUUUUUCUUAAAUGAAUGUUUCAGGUGAAUGAAACUGCUGUGGUGCAUUGUGGUUUCUACAGUGAAAAUGGAGGGUUUAAGGUUUCUACUGAGGACAAAAAUUACAUGCAGACUUGCAAAAUUGUUGUCUCUACUUGGGCAUUCGGUGGCGGUGACGAUCUUUAUCAACCUAUUAAUAUGUCAGAGGCAUCUCUUAAAAAGGUUUGCUAUGUUGCAUUUUGGGAUGAUAUUACUCUCCAAACGCAGGAAGCAGGGGGAAAGAGAAUUGAUGAGAACCAUAAGAUUGGUAAAUGGCGCAUUGUAGUUGUUAAGGAUCUCCCUUUUGCGGAUCAACGGUUGAAUGGUAAAAUCCCUAAGGUAGAACAAAUUGCAUAUUGUCUCAUUGUUGCUUUUGGAUUUUCGAAAAAGGCAAAAUACAGGAAGUCCUUAUCGAGCUCAACCACACCCGUCGCCGCUGCCGCCGGUGGAGCUCAUACGCCUUCUCCUAAUUCUGCAGUUUUAUCAACUGCCUCCAAAAACCCUGUCACCGCUGACUACAAUUUUGCCUCUGACUUCACUGAUGGCACGAGAGCCCCCAUUGAAGCCUCAGCCAUCGAACUCUCUCUCUCUCGCUCCUCGACUUUAAAGGAACAGGAGUGCAUAUCGUUGUAA